CCCUCGCGAUUCUUCGAAUCACCGGCAUAUAUCUUCGAGGGCUACGUAUAUUUAUAUUCUCACGCCGACGCCGACGCCGACGCCGACGCCGAUUAAUAAACAUAAACAAUAAUAAUAAUAAUACUGUCGUAAUAAUGCAGAUCAAACCAAGCGCCUUGUACAUUUGCUUCUUCUUCUUCUUCUUCUCCUCGUCCUUCAUUUAUUCCUUUCCUUGUUCUUCUCCUUGGACGAUCACCACAGCUAUGGCGGACGAUUCCCUUCCGCAACCAUCCUCAGAAUCAGAGGCCUCCGUUCACAUCAUCUACACCGAGAAGCCUGAGAACGAAGAACCCGAAUCCUUCCACCUCCGCACCCUCGCUUCCGUCCUCGGCAGUGAGGACGCAGCGAGGGAGGCGCUGGUGUACAGUUACAAGCACGCUGCAAGUGGGUUCUCUGCCAAACUGACUCCUGAGCAAGUCACGGAGAUGUCAAGCAAAUUAUGCGUGAGUUAAAACGAUGCUCGAGAGAAAGCCAAGGUGGAGAAACAAAAAUUGUUGAAGAAAACAAAUAAGGCUCUCGACCCAAGAGAUUGCACUUAUUUAAGAAAACUCUUAUCUUCUACUUGUUUGAAGGCUUUAAGCAAGAUUUCUUUGGCUUAUAGGAGAGGUCAUUUGCUGCCUUGAGGAUUUCAAUUCUCUCUAGAAGCUUUUUCUUGGACCGUGUGAAUGGGUCUUUGAAUACUCUUUGGAAUAUGUAGAACAUCAUAGAGUGCGUGCCAUACCCCCUUCCACAAAGACCGUGGGAAGUAUCUGCGAGUGCAACAUUUGGAUGCUCUACCACAAAGACUGGUUCUGCUCCAGCAGCCGAAGAAGGAGAAACCACUAUCUCCUUAGUAGGAGAAGCCACAACCACACUAGGAGGCGCACUCAAUCUACAGCAUCUACUUGUCAUGGCCUCUUUAAGAUUUUUCAAUUCGACCACAUUGUUUAAGCCACAAGAGGAAAGCACACCAAAGUAACUGGUGGGAUAAGAACCUCCUUUACUUUUUCUCCUUUUCACCUCUUCCCACUCACUCUCGUUGGUGUUAAACAUGAACCUCAAUUCCAGAUCCUUCACCUUCCAUUCUUUCCUGUAAUGUCUAGGGCCAGUUGCUUGAGUGCGGAAGUGACCAAGUGUCUUACAUUCAUCUCGCUUUUCAUAUUUCCGAGGCACUGCAACUCUGAUCUCAUACGGAGACCCAUACCCUCAGUUAAUCAUGGCAGAUUUGGGAAAUUAUCUUGUUGGUUUGAACUUCGAUAUAAAAUCUAGAAGAUUAGAGUUUAAUCUUGGAUUUACUACGUUGUGAUUUCCUUUGUCAUGUGGGAUGAAUUUCAUUUGCUCAAUUGGUUUCGUGAUGAGAGACUCAUGUAGGUCUUGUUUCUAUUCGUGGAGUUAUGGUAGGUUCUUUAGAUGUUAAGUCAUUGUAGUGGCGAUGGCAGAAAAUUACAUCAUUAAUUUAUAUGUGCUAAGAGAUAAAUGGAGAACAUCAUAUGGGAGGUUUCCUCGAGAUCAUGCUAAUAUUUGGAUUUAAUG